AUGGCCGCUGCACCGCCUGCAAAAGCCACCGAGGCUGUCUUGGUCCCUUCGGAGCCUGUUCCACAGGGAUCCCAGCAGGUCAAGGGCAUCGACUGGCAGUCCCUCCCGGCCGAACAAAGGAAUAUUAUCUCGAACUUCGUCGACCAGCUAACGGGACAAGGGUUCCAGUCGAGUUCGCUUGGAGAUGCGAUACGUAUCAUCAAUGACAUGCGAUCAUGGCAAGAUGCCGAAACGGGGGAGAAAACGACCAUCUUCUUGGGUUACACUUCCAACAUGAUUUCUUCAGGCUUGCGGGACACAUUUCGAUAUCUCGUACAACACCGCCACGUGUCAGCCAUCGUGACGACUGCGGGCGGUGUCGAGGAAGACUUUAUCAAGUGUUUGGCUCCCACAUAUCUGGGUUCUUUCUCCACAUCGGGCGCUGCCUUGCGAGCAAAGGGGCUGAAUCGAAUCGGCAACCUGGUCGUGCCUAACAACAAUUACUGUGCUUUUGAGGAUUGGCUCAUCCCCAUCCUUGACAAACUAUUGGCAGAGCAGGAGGCAGAGUUUAAGGGCACGGGCGAUCGGUUCCUCUGGACUCCAAGUAAGAUCAUUCAUCGACUGGGCAAAGAAAUUAACGAUGAAUCCUCGGUGUAUUACUGGGCAUACAAGAACGACAUUCCUGUCUUCUGUCCCGCUUUAACGGACGGAAGUCUUGGGGACAUGAUAUAUUUUCAUUCCUUCAAAGUCUCGCCACUUCAGCUAGGCAUCGACAUUGCACAGGACAUCCGAAAAAUUAAUACAAUCGCGGUACGGGCGAAAAGGGCGGGAAUGAUCAUUCUCGGCGGGGGGGUGGUAAAGCAUCACAUUGCUAAUGCGUGCCUCAUGCGGAAUGGUGCUGAAAGUGCGGUGUACAUCAACACCGCACAGGAAUUCGAUGGGAGUGAUGCUGGCGCUAGGCCAGAUGAAGCCGUCAGCUGGGGCAAGAUCAAAGCAGAUGGCGAUAGUGUCAAGGUCUAUGUUGAGGCUACCAUAGCCUUUCCCUUGAUUGUAGCCGGCACUUUUGCUAAAGCAGCAUGA